AUGCACAGUGACUCGUCCCGCCUUCCUUACUACUCCACCAUCCCCACCCCACAAUCACCCAUCGAGUCCGCAAGCAUGUCAGCAACACAAGGAAUCAACGUAGCCAUCAUCGGCGUCGGUCUGGUCGGCACCUCGGUCAUCCAGCAGCUCACCACCGUCGCUGGUCUCUCGUCCAAGCUGCACAUCGUUGCCCUGCAAAACAGCAAGAAGACGCUCUUCAGCACUCCCACCUCGCCGCUCUCGCUCGCUGGUGCCGAUUGGAAGUCUCUGCUCGCCAACAGCUCCACCUCUGCUCUUGCACUUCCCGACCUCGUCCAAGAGCUCCAGAAGAUCACGCGCGAUUCGGGCCGACACACCGCCGUGGUGGACAACACCUCCGACGAAAAAGUGGCCGCCUUCUACCCCGAGUUCCUCGCUGCUGGUCUGAGCGUGGUGACGCCCAACAAGAAGGCUUUCUCGGGCCCUAUCGAGCUGUACAACGACAUCCUCAAAUACAAGUCGAACGACGUGGCUGGUUCCAAAGGUCCGUUGGUGUACCAGGAGUCGACGGUGGGUGCGGGCCUGCCGAUCAUCUCCUCCCUCACCGACUUGAUCGCCACCGGCGACGAGAUCACCAAGAUCGAAGGCGUCUUCUCGGGAACGCUCUCGUACAUUUUCAACGAGUUCUCGACGCCCAAGGGUGGCGACAAGAAGUUUUCCGACAUUGUCAAGUUUGCCAAAGAGAACGGGUACACGGAGCCGCACCCGAAUGACGAUCUCUCCGGCAGUGAUGUGGCUAGGAAGCUCGCUAUCCUCUCCCGACUCGUGCCGGAGCUCAAAGAUGCGCUGCCACAGGGAUACCUCAGCGUGCCUACCCACUCGCUCACCCCGGCACCCCUCGCAGACGUCGCUUCCGGCGAAGAAUAUGUCCAGCGUCUCCCCGAAUUCGACGCAGACUACGACAAGCUCAACAAGGAGGCUUUCGAUCAGGGCUCCGUGCUGAGGUACGUCGGCGUCAUCGACGUCAAGAAGGGCGAGAUCAAGGCGAGCCUCGAGACGUAUCCCGCGACGCAUCCUUUUGCAUCGAGUCUGAGCGGCUCGGACAACAUUAUUGCCUUCCACACCAAGAGGUACUCUGCCAGGCCGCUGUUGGUUCAGGGCUCGGGUGCCGGGGCUGAUGUCACUGCUAUGGGUGUCGUUGCUGAUCUGAUCAAGAUCGCUGAGCGUCGAUCGUGA